AUGGUCCGUUUUUUUUCUUUGGUCGGGUUUUCGGUUGUAACUUUUUUGUUUGUGGCCGCAUUUUAGUGUAAUUUGCAGAGAUAUGAGGGACAAAUGGACGAUCACGCGUGAGAAAUAUCGUCGCGGUUCGUUAAUUUUUAUGGCACUAAUUAGAUCGAUGGAGUUGAUGCCGCAAAUAGGUCGUGGCCGCAAAGUGGGUAAGCCACCCUACCGAUACCAGACUAAUGCACAAGCAAGGUUUUUCUUUCAACUUUCAUUAUCUUCAAAUCUUUUGGUGGCCUACCCAGUCACCAGUUUGCGAUCAACUUACAGACUUACGCGCUGCAGGGCUAAGAACUCUGAACUAGCAAUGCUAACCCUAGAAUUUCUGGAUUUUAACUCUCUGUAGAAAGAUACAACGAAAAUUUUUAUCGUAGAAUAUGGCAAAUUUUUGGGGAAAAUCAAGCGUUUGCUAAGUUUGACAAUUCCCUACCCUGUACUGGUCAAAAGAUGUAAAUUCAUUACUACAAAAUUUGCAUAACUGUUUGAUCGAUUUUUUUUUUAAUCUGAGUGCUCGACUUUUGGUGUCGUUGCACAAGGCUUGUAAUUGUAAUUUGUAAUAUCUGAGUUAUUGGAUUUAUCAUUUCAACAAAUUUUAUUUUUUCUAACUUAAUUUCCCGUUAGGAUUUAUGUCUAAAGGGUUUUUUAUUUAUCAGUUGUACUUUUUUUGUAAUUCAGUGAUCAGGCAUAUUUUUGCUAAUUGUUUUACAGAUUUUCAAUCACUAUGAGUUUUUUCGGCUUAGGCCAAAGCGCCGAUAUUAAAAUCAACCUUGAUGCGAUUGAAAAACGUGAAAAAGUACAACAUGGAGAUCAUAAGGAACCAUUAUUUGUUUAUUAUGAUGGAGAAACAGUUUCAGGAACAGUUAAUUUGGGGAUCAAAAGUGGAAAAUUAGAACAUAAAGGCAUCAAAGUGGAACUGGUUGGUCAAAUAGAGAUUUUAUACGACCGUUCGAGUCGACAUGAUUUCACCAAUUUGGUGAAGCAACUCGCACCAGCUGGGAUUCUCACUGAAAACAAAUCGUAUCCUUUUGAAUUUCCUCAUGUCGAAAAGCCCUACGAGUCCUACACUAGUCCUAAUGUAAGGCUUCGUUAUUUCCUACGAGUGACCAUUAGCAAACGUUUAACUGACCAAACAAAAGAGCUUGAAAUUGUAGUUCACAUGUUGAGUGCAUAUCCAGAGCACAAUAAUAGUCUAAAAAUGGAGGUCGGGAUUGAAGAUUGUUUACAUAUUGAGUUUGAGUAUAAUAAGCAGAAGUAUCACCUCAAAGAUGCAAUCAUUGGAAAGAUUUACUACCUUCUCGUGAGAGUUAAGAUAAAGCAUAUGGAAAUCCAUGUUAUCAAACGUGAAACAAUGGGCAGCGGACCAAACGUUUUUCAUGACGAGGAAACUAUAGCAAAAUAUGAAAUCAUGGAUGGAGCUCCUGUCAAAGGGGAAUCAAUACCAAUUCGUUUGUUCCUUGCUGGAUAUAACCUCACUCCAACAAUGAGAGAUAUAUACAAAAAGUUUUCUGUUCGCUAUCUUCUUAAUCUUGUCCUCAUUGAUGAAGAGGAACGUCGAUAUUUCAAGCAGCAAGAAAUCACUUUAUGGAGAAAGGGGGAGGGUCAACAACGAAGACCGCAGAAAGCGAUCGAAGACUCAACGCAGCGUUUCACUGGUUGAUUAAAAAAUCUUUCGAAACUUUCGUCUCCUUCAAUCUGCAAUAUCUUUUCGCUAUUUCAAAUGACUAUUUUUAUAAUCAUUAUCUAGGGUUUUGUGACACUUUUGAUCAUUAUAUUUAAAUACCUGGCAAUGUGUCAAGUUCUUCAAAAACUUGGACAUUUUAAACUAUUUUGAAUAUUGAUAGUUUUCGUGCGGUUAAAUCAUAUUUGCCAAGCGUUUCAAAAAUAUUAGAUGCCAUUCUUGUUAUUCAAAAAUAAUAUUCCAGAUAUAAAAAAAUCAAAUAAUAACCUAUCACUGAAUCACCUAUUUAAAAAACAGUUAUUCAAUUCACAUUGAUUCCAUUUAAUUAAUGCAGAUUUCAUAUCAUAUCUUUUCUAUAUUUAUCAGUUUGUGAAAUGUGAAUAUUAAUUUGAGUCUGUAUGUUCAAAUCUGUUAUCAAAGUAUAUCCUUAUUCUUUUAAACAAAUAUUUUGUGCUUUUCGUGCUAUCAACUUGAUUUUUCUUUUUGAUUUCUUUUCAAUCAUUUGAAAUCGUCUCUUCUAUGAGUGUGUUUUAUGAGGAUUAUUAGCAGACUUUUAUAAAAUUUAUAUGAUAGGUUAAUUGCUCUGGUCAAUGGUAUUUGAGAUGCAAAUAAUUUGAAAUUUGAAUGUUCCAGUCUGCUUGAAGUCUUGAAAUUUUAUAAUAUUAUGUAUGAAAACCUGAUUCUUAUAUUGCUGACUUUAUGAUACAUUGUCAUCUAAUCAUUUUCAGACUAUCAUAAUUCAAGCCAUAGUUUGAGGAUGUCCCAAUGUGGAUUUAUAUAAAGUUUAAGAAUUACAAUGUAUUUUAAAUUAUAAUAAUCUGAUCAAACUCAUUUGAAGCGAAAAUAUUUUCUAAAUCCUAUUCGAUGUAAAUCAUAGUUUUAUUAUUAUCGAAGAGUUAAUUUAUCAAACUUUGAUAUUCUGAAUAAUAAUAACUUGAAUUUCACUCAACAAAAUUUUUUGAUACUCUUUUCAAUAGCUGCCGGUCUAUUAAAAUAUCUGAUGUAUAUGUUUUGCAACUAAAAAGAUUUGCAUGGAUAGAUACUAGAUUGCAUAUCUUAUCAAUACAUUGAUUGUUUCUGAUUUCAUUAUUGAAAUGUUGUAUUUUUUCGUGUCAUUUGUUUGAUGUUAGAUUAAUAAGCCAAGUUCUAUGCUUUAUAAUUUGUUCAUUUUUGCUUUAAUGUAUCAUGCAUUUUUGUCUAUUACCAGA